CAUCUCGGCUUCCUCCCAGGUUGCUCGGUAUCGGUGUCACGUGACCGCAAUAGCCACGUGUCGUCGUGACGUCACUUCUGGAUGUUUUGGUGAGGUGUACCAGGAAGACUGCUGGCAGCCAAGUUGUGUCCAUAUUCACCAUGACUAACGCGUACUCUCUGGAUGGACUUCUGGUCUUCUCUUUGCUCUUUGUCUGCACCUGCGCUUAUUUCAGGAAGGUUCCACGAUUACGCACUUGGCUUUUGUCUGAAAAGAAAGGUGUAUGGGGAGUCUUCUAUAAAGCUGCAGUCAUCGGCUCUCGUCUACACCUGGUUGUCGCUCUGUCUUGUUUUUCCAUGGCCUUUUAUGUACUGUUUAUAAAGUGAAAUGAUGCUCCCGUCACCUCAUCUCUAUGUUGCAUCCCCAGCAUAUUGGGACCAAGAGCAAAUAAAACCGGAACAGAUGGAAUCAUUGCAACAUUUGACUGUAUAUAUACUUUCCUGUUACUGCAGUAGUUUGUGGUGCUGGGAGUAUAAAACGAAGAGUAAAAUGUGGCUGAUUGGAGACAUUCUGUUUAAAUGCUCUGCUGAUUUUUCUUUUAUUAUUAUUAUUUUAUUUUUUUCUUAUUUUUAUUAGACCGUGUUCUGCAGUUUGGUAUAAUAACAGGAUAAGAAGUUACUAGAUUUUUGCACUUUUUACUCUUGCAAUGUUAUUGACAAAACUGCGGUUGAAUUACUUCCUUCUCUGUGACAAUUUUAGAACCUUUUUUAGGGACACAAAUUAGCUUUAUCCAUGCCUUUGUGCACUAUGAAUAAUAUUGUUAUUAAAUAUGAAAACACAGUUUGUAGAGCCUAUUGUAAAAAUCUGGUAAAUCAUGACAAACCUUGAAGUGGACCUGAAUUCAAGAGUUUCCAUAUUAUAGGGAAUAUUUAGAAUUGUUAAUUGUGCCUGAGAAGUACAUUAAAAUGUACCUUUUUGUCUCUAA